AUGAUUGAUCCAUCGAAGGACAAGUUUGCAUACUUUAAGGACAAUAUUCAAACAGCUGAAGAUAACGAAGAAUUUGACGCGAGCCAGUAUUAUUAUCAUCGAGAUGAAUUUUCAAGUUCCAAGAAUUUGAAUAAUCACAACAGUUUAAAUACCAGUGGGGGACCACAAUUAAGUCUUUCUACUUUUCAUACCAUGACCAGUGGUCAGACUACUGGUCUAGGGUCUGGUAUACCCAUCGAUACUGACACAACAGAAAAUAAUCUGGUACAAUUACAUAGCCCCUAUUCAAACUACAAUAGUGGUUUAAUGCAAGCAAGUGGAUCAAAUUCAUUUCUAGGUGUUGCUGGUAUCAGUCGCUUAUCAGUGGGAACAACAACAAUCCCAUCAACGCAUGAUAUGCAUCGUAUUAACUCAGGACGCAAUUUCCAGCUAUCGACAGAAAACAAGGCACCCGAUAUGUCGGAAUUUCCUGCUCUAAGCUCCAGGAUGGGCUCUCUAUCACUGGACUCAAGCUUUGAAGGCUCGGCAGCUGACCGAAUAAGAGCUCAACCGUCUGAGUUUGUUAUUCAAAAAGAAGAUUUUCCUGCACUUUCCACGUUUGGAUCGACUGCCAACGAAAAGAGUCCCAUGCGACCACUGACAGAAUUAAAAAGACACUCGAGUUUUACUUCAUCUGCUGCAGAUGGAAUGCUAUCCUCACGGUUAGAACAACAAAAGGGUGGUACAUCGAUAGGCAGUCGUGCUGGUGGGAUGACAUUACCAGCAACAGGAAUUACUGGCAGUGUAAAUUUAGGGACUGAAGCUUUCGAUCAUUUCCGUGCACCACGUCAAGAUGAACAGGCUACUGAGAAGUCUAGCAAUGGCGAGCUAGACCCUAGCAACCAGUACGGACUUCUUGGGAUGCUGCACACCGUCAUUCGGCCAGGAAACGAUUCAAGGAAUAAUUUAGCAAUGGGUUGCGAUCUUACGUUGCUGGGAUUGAACCUUAACUCGGGAGAUCCACUGCAUCCGACGUUUGCAUCUCCAUGGGUCGAUGAGCAUCUGACAAAGGAACCGCAGUUUUCGUUGCCGACGUGUUACUACAAUCAACCACCGGUGCUCAAGACGACGCACUUGUCCAAAUUUCAUCUUGAAACGCUUUUCUUUAUCUUUUACUCGAUGCCGAAGGACGUGUUGCAAGCUUAUGCUGCUCAGGAAUUGUACAGUCGUGAGUGGCGAUACCACGCCGAACUUAAGACCUGGUUGAAACGCGCGUCUUCAGCUGAUGCUGCUCUCGUGAACAACAAUUCAAGCUCGUCGGCAGGUGGUACAAGUACCGGAGCACUAGCGGGCGCUAGUGGCAAUGGUAGUAUUGGGUCAAUUGGUAGUGCGAUGGGACCUGGUCCAGGGUCUUCAUUAUCGAGCAGCUCACUUGCGCCGCAGUUCCUGUUCUUCGACACUGCCACAUGGGAACGUCGUGUUUUUACGGGAAACAUUAACUCAAUCAGUGCUGGUCUGUUGGGUGAAGAGGAGAUUCGGGUGAAGUUUAACGCGUCAUCGUAA